AUGGAACGGAUGCUCAAAGUUUAUGUAUAUAAGGAAGGAAGCUGCCCCAUUUUCCAUACUCCAAUACUCAAGGGAUUGUAUGCAUCAGAAGGAUGGUUCAUGAAGUUGAUGGAAGAAAACAAGCAGUACACUGUAAAGGACCCCAGAAGGGCUCACUUGUACUAUAUGCCAUUUAGUGCACGGAUGCUAGAAUUCAAGCUUUAUGUGCGUAACUCUCACAACCGCACAAACCUACGCCAGUUUCUUAAGGAAUACACUGAGCACAUCAGUGCCAAGUACCCUUUCUUCAAUAGAACCGAUGGGGCUGAUCAUUUUCUUGUUGCUUGUCAUGAUUGGGCACCAUAUGAGACAAGGCACCACAUGGAGCAUUGCAUCAAAGCUCUAUGCAAUGCAGAUGUAACUGCAGGCUUCAAGAUUGGAAGAGACAUCUCACUUCCUGAAACAUAUGUCCGAGCUGCCAAAAAUCCUCUCCGUGAUUUGGGUGGGAAACCGCCUUCUCAGAGGCGAACCCUGGCUUUCUACGCUGGAAGCAUGCACGGUUACCUACGUGCAAUUCUGCUGCAGCACUGGAAAGACAAAGACCCGGAAAUGAAAAUCUUCGCAAGUACUGCAUCUGUCCAAAAGGGUUUGAAGUAA